AUGCAGCACGCAAAGAGACUCCUGAACGACACACCCGCCGCACUACUAACGAAAAACGGAACACUUCCCAUCGGCAUCGGCUUCAUAAACUGGGGCGCAGAUCUCGAAACGGCCAUUCCCAUCAUCGCGCAACACCGUCCAGCAGCAGUAUGGUUCUUCGCGCCUUCAUCCACAGCAUCCCUCGUGCACUGGGCAGAAGCAAGUAGAACCGCCUCUCCCGCAACGAAGAUCUGGGUUCAGGUAGGCAGUGUAAAAGAUGCUGUGGAGGUAGUCCAACAAAUCGGCCCAGACGUCCUCGUCGUCCAAGGCACAGACGCGGGAGGCCAUGGUCUCGUCCAAGGCGCAAGUAUCGUCACCCUCCUCCCUGAAGUCGGCGAUGCCAUCAACGCCCUCCAUCAAAGCCCCAAACCCAUUCUCCUAGCCGCAGGCGGCAUAUCCGAACCCCGCACCUUCACCGCGUCCCUCACUCUCGGCGCCUCAGGCUGCGUCUUGGGGACGCGUCUCCUCGCCACCCCCGAAGCAGCCAUAAGCAGUGGUUACCGCACCGCCGUCCUACGCACCACCGACGGCGGACAAAGCACCGUGCGCACCAAAGUCUACGAUUCCCUGCGCGGUACGAACUGGGCGGAGACGCAUAAUGCGCGCGGUAUUAUCACGCAGAGCUAUGUGGAUGCUGUGGAGAGGGGGAUGAGUCAGGAGGAGAAUACGCGGUUGUAUCGCGAGGAGAUGCGGAAGGGGGAUGAGGGGUGGAGGGAGGGUGGGGGCAGGAUGACGGCGUAUGCGGGGAGUGGGGUUGGGUUGGUUAGGGAGGUGAAGGGGGCUGGGGAGGUUGUGAGGGAGGUUAGAGAGGGGGUUGUGGGUGUGCUGGAGGGGGUGGGGAGGAGGGCGAGGCUGUAG